AUGUUUUCACGACCUGCUGUUAAAGCUUCACGGCUCUACUGCCGCUGCUAUGCAAGCGUUGCCAAGACCUCUCCGCCUAUGCUCUCGAAGAUCAGGGCUGAUAUAAAGACUGCCAUGGUAAAUAAAGAUACCACUCGACGUGAUAUCCUUCGAUCGCUCCUCAACGACACACUCAUGACCUUAAAAUCAAACUCACCUAUUACUACCGAUGUGCAAAUGUUAGCCCUCAUCCGCAAAUCUACAACUGCAAGCCGAGGAGCGAGAGACCAAUUCAAAGCGGCAGGUAGAGAAGAUCUAGUUGGAAGGGAAGAAGAACAAUUGAAAGUCUUGGAUGAAUAUGCUAGUGGUGUGGAGAUGGUUGGCGAGGAUGAGAUCAGAAAUACAGUCAAGGAACUUGUGAAUAGCAUGAAGGACGAGAAUGAAGAGAUACAGAUGGGAAACGUACUGAAAAGAGUAUUUGCACCCGAAGUACUGGGAGAAAAGAAUGUAGAGAGGGGAGAGGUCGCGAAAAUAGUGAAGGAAGUUAUGGCCGAAAAAUAA